UCACGGUAAGGGAAAGUGAAAUAUUAAACUCCAAACUACUAUAAAUUAAACACUUUGCACAAACCAUUCACAAAAAAUGAAGUAUCUUAGCACCUAUUUCACCUUUGCUACCAUCAUUGCUUUUUUAUUUUCAUUUGAACCUCCUUUACUUGAUUCUCGUGAAAAGUUUGUUCAAUGUCUUUACAACUAUCCCAAUAUUUCCAACUCAAUCUCCAAUGUUGUUUAUACAGAAACCAACUCUUCAUAUUCCUCUAUACUAGACAUGUCCAUUCAAAAUGAUAGGUUCUCCAACUUAAGCUCAAAACUCCAAGUCAUUGUCACACCACUCGAUGUUUCCCACAUUCAAGCCACCGUAAUGUGCUCCCAACGUCAUGGCUUGCAGAUUCGAACCCGAAGUGGAGGCCAUGAUUACGAGGGUCUCUCGUACGUUGCCCAAGUUCCCUUUGUGAUCAUUGAUCUCUUCANCCUUCGANAAAUCANAGUUGACGUANAAAACCAAACUGCNUGGGUUCAAGCUGGGGCAAAUCUUGGUGAACUUUANUACACGAUUAGCCAGAAAAGCAAAACNCUAGGNUUCCCAGCGGGUGUGUGUNCCACUGUAGGCGUUGGUGGCCACUUCAGNGGUGGUGGUUAUGGAUCCUUGAUGCGUAAGUACGGUCUUGCCGCAGAUAAUAUCAUUGAUGCUCACAUAAUAGACGUGAAUGGUAAUCUUCUUGACAGAGAAGCNAUGGGUGAGGAUNUGUUUUGGGCUAUUAGAGGAGGUGGUGGAGCAAGCUUUGGAGUCAUCGUGGCUUGGAAGAUAAAGCUAGUUCCAGUUCCAUCAACUGUGACAGUUUUCAAUGUUGCAAGGACAUUGGAAGAGAAUGCAACCGAGAUCAUUCAAAAGUGGCAGCUUGUGGCCCAUAAAUUGGACGAGCGCAUAUUCAUUAGGGUGGACCUGAAAACGGUAAAUUCAGUUGAACAUGGAAAGCAAACAAUACAAGCAAAUUUUGUGUCCAUGUUUCAAGGAGGUGUAGAAGAACUUAUUCCAUUGAUGCAAAAGAAUUUACCGGAGUUGGGUUUGGACAGAAAAGACUGUAUUGAGACUAGUUGGAUUGGUUCAGUUCUUUUCGCGAAUGCUGUGGUUCUUGGAACUAAUUACAUGAAUGAAGUCCCUGAAGUUUUGCUUAACAGAACUCGAUUUCGUGCAGGAAUAAUGAAAGGAAAAUCUGAUUAUGUUAGGAAACCCAUUCCUAUUGAUGGAUUACAAGGAUUAUGGCGUUUGCUUUAUGAAGUUCCAAAUAGUCAGCUUCAGUUCGCCCCUUAUGGAGGCAUAAUGGAUGAGAUAUCGGAAACUGAAAUUGCAUUCUCACACAGAUCUGGAAUCAUAUUUCAUAUUCAUUACAUGGUGGGUUGGGAAGAGGAAGGCGAUGAGGCUGCAGAAAGGUACAUGAAUUGGAUUAGAAAGUUGUACAAAUAUAUGGAACCUUAUGUUUCAAACUCUCCGAGAGCUGCAUAUAUAAAUUACAGAGACCUUGACAUUGGGGUUAAUAACAAUGAUGGUUAUACAAGCUACAAUCAAGCCAGCAUUUGGGGUCUCAAGUAUUUCCGUAACAAUUUCAGGAGAUUGGCUGUAGUGAAGACCAAGGUUGAUCCUCACAACUUCUUUAGAAACGAACAAAGUAUUCCUACCCUAUCCGAUGAAGAAAAUUUAUCGAACAUCUAGUAGAAUCUAGUAUCUAUCAUUCAAAUAAAAUAAAUGUAUCGAACAUUUUGUUAUCGUAUAUUUAUUUUCUUUCA